AUGAGUCAUAUCCAAAAGUUACAAACAUUUGAAAUCAAAUAUGAUAAGGAUAAAAACCAAUUCACAUUCUUAAACCAACAUUUUGUUAAGUCCUUAGAUAACUUAUAUUCAAACAUUGAUAUGAAAAAUGAUAGUGCUGUAGGAACAUAUCACAUUAGUUUUGUUUAUGAAGAAAAUACAAGUGACAUCGAAGGAAUUUUCAUGGAAGGAAGUCCAAUGACAAAAGUUCCAAAAUCGGAAAUUUCAUUUAUUAAAUAUACUGUUGAUGUGAUAUAUGGAUUAGGUUUAUUCGCUUUAAUUGUUUGCAUUAUUUCAUUAACAAUUGUUUUAACACUUGUUUUCAAGAAGAAGGAUUUGAAGCCAUUGAAGUAUUUGAUUGUAUGUUCAGUCAUUAAUUUCUUAUGCAUUAUAGAGCCAGUUUUCUUAUUCGUUACAAAAUCAAUUAACAAUUUUGUUGACUUAGAAUGGAAGAUUCAAUUAUUAGUUUUCAUUAUUAUUGGAGUUUCUACAUUGAGAUUACUUUUUAGUGUAAUAUCCAUUGUUAUUGUUUGCGUGAUUAUUUAUGAUAAUUCUCUUGAAGGACCUAAAUCAAUUCAAUUUGAAACAGUUGAUUUGAUUAAUCCUAAAAACGAUGAAACUGGAAAUCAUCAGUUACCUGUUUGCAUACAGUAUGUUGCAUAUUCUUGCCCAUUUAUUACUCUUUUUGUCAGUGUUGUAUUAACUAUCUUGGGAAUGAUUUUGGGAUUAUAUAAAGUAAACUAA